AUGGUCCAAAACACCCAGUACCAGCAUUGCGCUGUCUCAGAUCGAGGAGGCAUUGUCGAGAACACUCACCAAAUCCAUGUUGCCGUGACGGAUGCAAGCGGCAAACUCCUGUAUGGAGUAGGCAACCCGUCUCGCAUGACACUUGCUCGGUCGGCCGCAAAACCGGUGCAGAUUCUGGCCCUGCUUGAAACCAAAGGCUUUGGCGAGUUUGGAUUCAGCGAUGCAGAUGUUGCCAUGAUGUGCUCUUCCCACAGCAGCGAGCAAAGUCACAUCACCCGUGGCUCCGAAAUGCUCACCAAGGUCAACGCUCGCGAGGGGGAUCUUCGCUGCGGAGGCCAUCCAGCUUUAUCGGAGGAGGUGAACAACGACUGGAUCAAGAGAGCCUUUGUUCCGGGUGCGCUGUGCAACAACUGCUCGGCCAAGCACAUCGCCAUGUUGGCUGGUGCCAAGUUAAUUGAGCUGGAGACUGCCAAAGACUACCACAAAGAGGACCAUCCGAUCCAGCUCCAUGUCAAAUCUGUCUUUGAGGAGGUAACUGGCCUGGGGUCGGAUGAGAUCAAAUGGGGUAUUGAUGGCUGCAACUUACCUGCACCUGCUCUUCCGCUGCGAGAUCUGAGUUAUUCGUAUGCUGCCCUCGCACGUGCGGCGGACGUUGCGUCUGAGGUUCCCGAAUACCAAGCAUCGGUGCGACAACAGCACCUGGCACGUAUUUACCGCUGCAUGUGGCAGUUCCCCGACAUGGUCGCGGGUAAAGGAAGGUUCUGCACAGAACUUAUGCUGCAGUACAAGGGUGCUGUCGUUGGGAAACUAGGAGCAGAUGGUUGCUACGGGGUUGCUGUCCGAGAAUGUGAGCAGACUCGAAGUCUUGGGGCCAAGGGAGGCCUUGGAAUUGCUGUCAAGGUUGAAGAUGGGGAUGUUGAAAUUCUCUAUGCUGUUGUCGUUGAGAUUCUCGAGCGACUUGGGAUUGGAAACAAGCAACAAAUAAGGAGUCUGGAAGCGUUCCACCACUUGUACCGAGUCAACACCGCAGGUGUAGUCACAGGGAAGGUGUCACUCCCAUUUCAUCUAACUCCAUACUAG